AGGGUUAGACGAUUGUACUCUAGAGCCUAUAAUUCAAAAGGUGGAGAAAUUGAAAAUGGUGCUAAAAUAUUUCAGUUUUGCAACCACAUACCUGAAGUUUAUGACGGGGUAUCAGAAAUUGAGUGCGCUUUUUUGUUUUUUUCUCAAAACAAUUUUUUUGAAAAACUGAGGGACUCUACCAAUUAUUAU